UGACAACAGAUCGUAGACAAUGAAGUGGGCAAUUGUUCUGUGUGCCGUGGUGGCACUGUCCGAGUGCCUUGUGCAGAUUCCCUUGGAGAAGGGCAAGACUGCCAGGGAGCACCUGGAGGAGCAGGGUCUGUGGGAAGAGUACAGGCUGAAAUUCCCCUACAACCCCAUGGCCAAGUUUGACGAGAGAUUCAUGGUCGCCAGUGAGCACAUGACCAAUGAUGCUGAUCUGGCCUACUAUGGAAUCAUCUCCAUUGGAACUCCUCCUCAGUCCUUCAAAGUCAUCUUUGACACUGGCUCCUCCAACCUGUGGGUGCCCUCCGUCUACUGCAACAGCGCAGCCUGCAACAACCACGAUAAGUUCAACCCAACCCUCAGCAGCACCUACAAAAGCGAUGGCCAGGCUCUCAGCAUUCGCUACGGCACUGGCAGCAUGACUGGCUUCCUGGGCUAUGACACCGUGACGGUUGGUGGUGCGGCAGUGCUUAACCAGAUCUUCGGACUGAGCCAGUCGGAAGCUCCCUUCAUGCAGUAUAUGACUGCUGAUGGCAUUCUGGGCUUGGCCUACCCCAGCCUGGCUGCCUCCGGUGCCACUCCCGUCUUCGAUAACAUGAUGAAGGAGGACCUGGUCAACCAGGACAUCUUCUCUGUUUACCUGAGCUCCAAUUCUCAGGGAGGCAGUGUUGUGAGCUUUGGUGGAAUUGACCCCAACCACUACUACGGUCCCAUCACCUGGAUCCCCCUCUCCAGAGAUCUCUACUGGCAGAUCACUGUGGACAGUGUCACUGUCAAUGGCCAGGUUGUGGCCUGCAAUGGCGGUUGCCAGGCUAUUGUGGACACUGGCACUUCUCUGAUCGUUGGGCCUCAGCGGGACAUCAGCAGCAUCAACAGCUGGGUGGGAGCUUCCAGCCAGAACGGAGAUUAUGUUGUCAACUGUAACUACAUUUCCCAAAUGCCUGAUGUGACAUUCCACAUCCAUGGACAGGAAUUCACCAUCCCAGCAUCUGCCUACACCCGCAAGUCUCGGUACAAUAACUGCCGCACUGGUUUUGGCAAUGGAGGCGACAGCCUGUGGAUCCUGGGUGACGUCUUCAUCAGGCAAUAUUAUUCCAUCUUCAGCAGAUCUCAGAACAUGGUGGGCUUGGCCAAGGCUAGAUAAACUUACUUUUGUUGAUUGAAGACCCACGCAACAAGAAAAUACAUAUCGUAAAGCAACACUGUUACCAACAUGCUUACUGUGAUUUUGAACUGUAACCUCUCAAACAUG